UUGUGUGCUUACUUGCGGAAGUAGGAGAUUGAAUCACAGUUCACUUUGCGCGCUUUGCGACCUUAAUUUAGAGUUUUUACUUAGGAAUUUUUACGAGUUUGAUAUGGAGUGUCGAGUAUUACAUACUGAAGUGUUUGGAUGGUAAUUUACUUCACCAAACAGUGUCAAAUGAUCAUGGACUACUGAGGUUUUUGUCAAGUCAUAAUUUUGACAUUGAUGUUGAUGUAACAUGCACAGUGAUAUGGAAGGUGUAACUGAAACAGUUGAACAGCAUAAGCAACAAGAACCUGUCCUGGAAGAUGCAGUGAACAAGGAAGAGCCAAUGGAAGAUAACAAGGAAGGCGAAGAGAACUCAAUGGAUGUUGCUAAUGAGAAGGGGCCGGAGGAGGCGCAACGUGUCGCCAACCAGCCAAAACAGAUGGAGACAGGGGGUGGGGAUGGGGUGCCAAAUGUUGCUCCGGUGAAACCGAUCCUCAAAGAUAACUUGCCCAAACCCAGGGUAAAGAAAGACAGAACUAAGAACAGAAAGCAAGAUGGAAAAAUGGUGCCCGGAAGCAACCAGGUUGCUAAGAAAAUGAAGAAGGGCAUUUUCAUCUCGUACUCCCCAGACGGAGGCUUCCUUGAACGAAAACUCAUCUGUGAAGCGGUGAGACAGUUCAAAGAGAAUGAUCUGACUGAAGACAUUUGGUUUGAUAAGGACGAGGAGAACACCAGCAGUCCUGCAUGGUUUUCGCAGCGGAUGGAAGCAGUUGAAAAAUGCCGUGCUGCCAUCUGCUUCCUGUCUUUUAGCUACUUUCAAUGCCCUGUUUCACUGUACGAACUCCGUUGUCUACUUGAGCGACAAGUCCCCUCAUCUUCCACCCCUCCCAAGGUCUUUCUUGUCUUAUGCGAGAAUGUGGAGAUCCCACAGCAGUAUACCAUCUUCUUGGAAGAUCUUGUGAGACUGUGCCAUCCGAGAUACCAAAGACUCAGUCUCUCGGAGAAAGCCUCAGUCGUCAUCGGUGCUCUGAUGGAGAAAGUUGAACACUAUGCUUCUAUCUUUGCACCUCAUGUGCCGCACAUACCAGGUGCAGACUACACGGAGGAGUACAAGAAGAAGAAACUGUGCAAGUGGAACCUGGACGACCUGCAAAGUUGGCUGUAUCAGAUGGGGAUCAGGGAAUUCUACCGCCAGAGUUUUGCUGAAGCGGGCAUGGACGGCUUCCUCCUCAUGUCUAUCAUGGACCAAGACAUGGCCGACUUUCUCGGCAUUGACAGCCGUGUAGUCAGGAAGAAAAUACUCCAGCAGAUUAUCGGGAUUCUAGAGAAGGAACACAAAGCUCCGGAGAGUUGGCAUCUGCGAGCAAGGACACAGAAGAAUCGGACAGACAGUGUUUACCUGGUGUACGAUCCCACAGAUGUGAGACUAGCACAGAAUCUUAAACAAGAUUUGAAGAAGAAAAAUCUUCAAGUGUCUUGUCAUGAGAAGCUGGGACAAUCUAAGGAGGAGUUCUUAGCAAUCAACGGACCAAUCAUAGCCACUGCCAAGCAUGUCAUCAUUCUUCUGACCGAAGGAGCCACGGCAUCCCCGUUCGUCUUCCAUGAAGUGCUGUUUGCUGACUGGCUUGGGAAGUCGCUGGUGACAGUCAUGUUCAAGAAUGUCUGGGAGAAAAUGCGACCAUCACUGAAAGCUGUGAUAGGUGAAUUUCCAGCCAUUGAUUUUGAGACCAAGAUGUACAGUGAGAGCAUGGACAUUCUUGAGCAUCACAUCAGGCCCUUACGCAAGGUGCCAGGGGUUGUGUUGGAGCAGACUUAUCUCAACCGGAUGAGUGAAGGACUUAAGCCCCUGCAGGUCCUUGCAGCAUCACAAGGUACUGGGUCAGCAGUGAGCAAUGGAUCUUCGGAUACCAAAGUCUUCUUGAGCUACCAGUGGGACAUGCAUAACAAAGUCCAGGAAAUCAAGCGAAUCCUUGAGAACAACGGAAUCUCUUGCUGGGUUGACAACAGCCCGACUAUCGCACAGCAGCGUGGCACCUCAGGAGCCAGCACGCGCAGCACAGCAACAUCCGGGCCGAUUCACUCGGAUGCCAUACACGAGACUUUGGAAAGCAAUAUCCAGAGGAAUAUGAAGUCGUCCACCAUCGUUCUGAGUUGCAUCACUCCACGGUAUUUACAGUCAGACAACGGCAUUAAGGAUUUAAUGUUGGCCGAGGCCCUACAUAAGCCGGUGAUUGCAGUGUUGCUUCGUUUCGUGGCGUGGCCACCAGACAUGGGUCCCUCUCCCAUCAAGAAACUUCUGGCCCACACCAGCCACAUUGACCUGAGUAACGACAAAUUGUUCAAGCAGAACUUCCACGUGCUUGUGGAGAGACUGAGGAGAUUUUUAAACUCCAAGCACUGAACGAAGAGACUUGGGUAAGAUUAUCUCUUUGGGAACCCCGUCAGUUGGCAUUCAGUGGUAAUGGAGGUAGACCUAACAAAUUACGCAGACAUCUGGGAACUGAUGUUGGUGCUUCAAAAGACUUGGGGUAGAAAGGAAUGCCUGAGCACCAUGUGUAUGAUCUGCAGAGAAAUUGUAAACAUCAUUGAGUAUUUUGCUGAAUUAAAAAAUCUUUGCGACAUUGCAUUAAGUAAAAUUUCAGCUUCUCAGUGCUUAGCAACAACCACCUGUAAAUAAGCAGAGCUGUCACAUUUUCAGGCUUGUAUGGAGGCUCCAAAAAAGACUUGUAUGUAUUUUAAAAACUUUCAGGAGCCUAUGAAGACAUACAGAUUAAUUUCUUAAAUUAAUUAGUAUGCAGCCGUUGUAUCUAUUUAAUUUAUAAGAGUUGUUUUAAAGUACGAAAUGGAAAUGGUGUUGCUCUUCAGUAACCAAACCAGUUCAUCCUGCUAAGUUGUAAACACACUUUCAUUUUCUUUGUGUUGACUUUUUGAAAGUGAUCCUGUACUGUACAUUUGUGUUGUAUUAAAA